UUUAAGUUUUUGAGUAAACUUCCAUGACUCACACAUCCACAUUCAGAUGAAUGUGAUUCAUUUGCUGGUUGAUGACUAUGUUAUCCAAGCAAUAGUUCUAUUCCAUUGUUAAGAAUUAUUAAUUUGCAGGCGUCACAAAUACGACAGUAGAAAAACCACAAACUAAAUGGAACAUUUCAUGUGCAUUUUCAAGGUCCAAGUUUGUGUGUUUGUGUGUGACUCAAAGACACAAAUGGUGUGUUCUACCCAUAUAACUUCGUUAUGGAGCCGAAUUAGUUUGGAGCGUUAACCUGCGUGAAAUAUAGUGUCAACACUGUUCUUUUGGAAUUGUUAUUAUUAUACGAUAGCAAAAAAUAGGCCUACAGUAGUGCUCUAUGACCAGUGGUUUAGUUUAGGCAACGACACACUGCCCCCUGGCGGCUGUCCUUAAAGGUGUGCAACCGCAUCGGACAAGGCCUACUGCAGGUAAUUUUCCUACAUGGUUAUUGAACGCAAACGGUGGUCAAUGUUUUCGAUGACCAAAUGUGUCUGGCUAAUAGUAAUAACACACCCAGUAAUCUUGUGUCGUUGUCAAAAAUAAACUGUGGAUUAAACAAAGCAAACCCAUUCGCACUAGUCUCCUACAACAAACACCACGUGACUGAAGGGGAGGGCAAAGUUAUCACAUGAACGUUUGUAGAUGAGACAUUUAGCCUGCAAACAGCUAGCUGUAAGUGGAGUUGUUGAAAUGAAUGGUAUUAGUCAAAGACGGUGGUAAUGUGGUGCGUGCAAUUGCAAGUCCGGCUAAAUUUAGAUACCAGGCGUAGGAAAACAUACGGUGGCGGCGUUGGGUCAUAGCAUACUAGCUUUCUUCUCGGGAACCUUCCUAACGUUACAUUACCUGUAGGCUACAGCCUGUAGCAUGAUGUGAAGUUUCUUAGCUAGCUAUCGCUGAGCAACUUGUCAUAUUGUUCGGUUCUCGCAUUUAGUUAGAUUGGUCGUCUGUAACUACUUUUUAAUGAAUUUAUCAGGAUUGUUAUCCACCCACCUGCGAGUCUCCGUCAGCAGUCACAAAGUGGCUGAAACGCACGUUUUCCUCCUGUUUCAUCCAAUCAAAUGCCAGAGUUGCAGCAACGUUGUUUUGGAAUGUUCAUGGUACAAUCAGUUACUUAUAUGAGUGAUGGUCUUUCAAAUAAUCAUUAGCUAGUAGUCUUUUCUGCUGGCUUCACAAGUUGGACUUUAUUCUACCAGGCCUAACAUUAUUGCUGCACAGUUGUGUUGCUUAAGUACGAAUGUCAGCCCUACCGUACUCACUUGCCGAGACACUUUACAGACAGCAGAGGGCCGAAUAUCAAAAUUUGCACCUGGGUGUAAUCAUUAUGUCCCCGUUACGCCUAGCUAUAUUAUGGUUGAGUUUGUUUACUUCACCAUCGGCACCGACAGCGCUCCCUUCCUAUGUCGCCGCUGUGUACGAACACUUGGUUGUGCUGAACACGAACCCCGGCAUUGAUCUCGGGAGGCGUGCAGCCUUGGCACACAUGCAAAAGAACCUGGACGUAUUUGAGGAGCAAGCUGCAUUAGCAGCUCAGCAGGGUGCCCAGAUCUUAGUGUUCCCAGAAGAUGCUAUCCAGGGCUUUAACUUCACCAGAGCAUCUAUAGCAGGUUACUUGGAGCUGGUGCCGGAUCCAACAGUAGUGACAUGGAACCCAUGCUCUGAACCAGCGCGCUUCUCCGACACAGAGGUGCUCCAGCGCCUCAGCUGCAUGGCUCAGAAGAACAGCCUCUACCUGGUGGCCAACAUGGCAGGACUCCAGGUGUGCAACUCAACCACAGAUGCCCACUGUGCCUCAGAUGGGCGCUACCAGUUCAACACGGACGUGGUGUUCUCCUCGGACGGCACCCUGGUGGCCCGCUACCGCAAGCAGAACCUGUACUUCGAGGCCGCCUUUGAUACGCCCCUGGAGAUGGAGCUAGUCACUUUCUCCACGCCCUUUGCUGGACGCUUCGGGGUGUUCACCUGCUUCGACAUCAUGUUUCGAGAACCAGCUGUGGCCCUGGUGGAAAACCUAGGUGUCAAGCAGCUGGUUUACCCUACCGCCUGGAUGAACCAGCUCCCCCUACUGGCCGCUGUGCAGUUCCAGCGCUCCUUUUCCUACGCAGCCGCAGUCACCAUCCUCGCAGCCAACGUUCGUGCGGCCAGCCUUGGCAUGACGGGCAGUGGCAUCUUCACCCCUUGGCAGGAGGUUCACCAGCACGACAUGGUAGGAGAGACUGGGCGGUUGCUGGUGAGUCGGGUGCCCGUUCUCGAUCCCGCAGUGAUCGCACGUAGCACUGGGAGCACAGGGCUGGCAUGGUUGCCAUUCUCUGGGCAUCGCAAGCGAGAGCCUGGACUUGAUGAGGCAGGAGAUGCCCAUGGCUGGCCCAGAAAGGGUUGGCAUUUGGAUGAUCAAGCUAAGCCCCGCAGCAUGGAAUCUGACUACUGCUUGCCAGGCAAUGACAACUGCAAUGAUAGGCCAGCAAGGCCUGUAGUGUUCACUUCCAUCAUGAUGUAUGACAACUUCACUUUAGUGCCCCUACAAGACACUGAGGGGAACCUGACAGUGUGCGAUGGCUCGCUGUGCUGCCACCUGCUGUUCAGGAGGUCCACUGCACCUGGCACAGAGCUGUAUGCUCUGGGUGCUUUUCAGGGACUUCACGUAGUUCAUGGCACCUAUUACCUGGAGGUGUGUGCCCUGGUCAAAUGCACAGGCCCAGACUUUGCAAGCUGCGGUGGCGAGACUGAGCAUGCUCAAACCCGGAUAGACUUUCGACUGGAAGGGAACUUCAGCACUCGUCACGUGUUCCCAGGAAUACUGGGAAGCGGGAUGGCACUGGACAUCCCGGAUGAGUCCGGAAGAGAGAGCGACAACUGGUUUUAUAUGAGCCGGACUGGAAUGACUGCUGGACUGGUGACAGCUACUCUGUACAGUAGAGUCUAUGAGAAAGACAACAGUUGAGCUCUGGGUCUUGGAACACCAUGGCGACCAACUUCCAAUAAACAACACAUCUUGGUAAACAAAGCCAGUCUCCUGGGGCAGUUGUGUACCAAACCCACCACAGAAUAGGCCUUAGAGAUGAACACUAAAGUGUGCCAUGACCGGAUACAAGUACCUUAGAAAAGGAACUAAAGGAUCUGAACUACAACGCUGAUCAGGGGAAUCAGUCACCUUCCAGAAUUGUAACAUUAAAG